AUGGCUGACAAGCGGUAUCGUGUAAAAGUCUACUCACUGAACGAGGACCAGCAAUGGGAUGAUCUCGGCACCGGAUACGUCUCUUCCACUUAUGUGAAGCGCCUCCAGAGCGUGUUCCUGCUCGUUAGGUCGGAUUCCCAGGCCUCACUAAUCUUGGAGUCAGAGAUAAAUUCAAAGACGCCCUAUCAGAAGCAACAGGAAACCCUGAUUGUUUGGUCUGAAGCAGCGAACCAUGGUAGGGCAUUAAGUUUCCAGGACACUGAGGGUUGUCGUAAGAUCUGGGAAGACAUUUGCUGGGUUCAAGGAAAAGAUCCAUCCGUCAAAAUCACGCAAGACCUCUUGGAGGAAUCCGAAGACGAACAACUGGAAGAAGUCCUGGAAACCAAUAAUGUGUUUGACCUGCCUAACUGUGAACUCAAUAAACUUGAAGAGAUUUCUGACGUCAUUUCCUCGGUUUUCGCUUCACCGGCCCAUAAGGAGAGACUGGCUCUGAUCUUAGAAAAUGAGGACUAUAUUAAAAAUUUGCUGCAGCUGUUCCACACCUGUGAGGACCUAGGGGACACUGCAGGCUUACACCAUUUGCAUGAAAUUAUUAAAGGCAUCUUAUUCCUUAACAAGACAGCCCUGUUUGAGAUCAUGUUUUCUGCUGAGUGUAUCAUGGAUGUGGUGGGAUGUCUCGAAUAUGACCCUGCUUUGGCUCAGCCAAAAAGGCAUAGGGAAUUCUUGACCCAAAAUGCAAGGUUCAAGGAAGUCAUACCAAUAGCAGACUGUGAACUUAGGCAAAAAAUACAUCAGACAUAUAGGGUACAGUACAUCCGUGACAUCCUUUUGCCUGCACCAUCCAUAUAUGAAGAGAACUUUCUUUCUACUCUUACAACUUUUAUUUUCCUCAACAAGGUUGAGAUAGUCAGCAUGCUGAAGGAUGAUAACAACUUUUUGUCUCAAGUCGUUGCACAGUUAAGGGAUGAGACUAUAAAUGAUGAUAGACGGCGCGAAUUGCUCCUUUUCUUCAAGGAAUUCUGUGCAUUUUCUCAGACAUUACAGCCUCCAAGCAAGGAUGCACUGUUCAAAACAUUGACAGAAUUGGGGAUUCUUCCUGUUCUUAAAAUCGCAAUGAGCAUGGAAGAUUUGCAAAUAAAGUCAGCUGCUACUGAUAUAUUUACUUAUCUAGUGGAGUAUAGUCCAUCCAUGAUUCGAGAAUUUAUCAUGGAAGAAGCCCAGCAGAGUGAAGAUGGUAACCUUUUCAUUAAUUUAGUCAUUGAGCAAAUAAUCUGUGAUACUGAUCCUGAGCUAGGAGGUGCUGUUCAUUUAAUGGGACUUCUUCGUACUCUACUUGAUCCAGAAAACAUGCUAGCAACACCUAAUAAAUGUGAAAGAAGUGAAUUUCUAAAUUUCUUCUACAAGCACUGUAUACAUAAUUUCAUAGCACCACUUUUUGCCACCACUUCGGAAGAUACAUGUGAAGGGGAUAAUGUAGUUGGAUCCGACAAAAACAACACAAAUUGCCUCAGUGCUCUCCGCUUUAUGAGAAGGAUGAUUGGACUUAAAGAUGAACUUUAUAAUUGUUACAUCAUCAAGGGAAAUCUUUUUGAGCCAGUUGUCAAUGCUUUCCUGGAUAACGGAACUCGGUACAAUAUGUUGAAUUCAGCUGUUAUUGAGCUGUUUGAAUACAUAAGAGUGGAAAAUAUCAAAUCUCUUGUUGCACAUAUAGUAGAAAAGUUUUAUAAAACAUUUGAAUCGAUUGAAUAUGUUCAGACAUUCAAAGGAUUGAAGAUUAAAUAUGAACAAGAGAAAGACCGGCAGAAUCAAAUACGGAGGAAUUUGCACUCUAUACUGUGUAGUAAAAUACUUCGCAAGAGUACCAGAGUCGUGGAGAAGGAAGAAAAGUGUUUUGAAGGAAAUUCAGAAGAAGGAGAAGCAAUUAUGCAGCCAUUGGAAAAUGAUUUUCAAGAUCGUUACAAAUUUAUGGAGACUAAAGAAACAAAAGAAAAUGAAGACAAGGUAGAUCCUCCUAAAAGAGCAUCUCCGGGGGGCUACAAAUUCGCUUCAUCCCAUUCUGCUCCUGCUGCUAAUGGAACACAUAGCCUGCACGGUAGCAGCACAAUUGACUUAAUGAAUCGUCUCAAUGAUGAAAAAGAUAAGGAAGAUGAAACACCCUCCAGGAAGAGACCACAUCUUAGCUUCUAA